AUGGCCCUCGUGGCCGCUGCCCUCGCUCGCCUGCCCGCCUCCGCCGCAGCGCUCUCGCUUCCGGCGGCGUCCGCGGCGCGCGCACCCGUCGCGUACCGCUGCCCAUCGUGCGGCGACCCGCUCCUCCCGACCUCCUCCGGCUCCCUCCGCUGCUGCAAUGGGCACUCGGUCGACGCGGCGCGCGAGGGCCACCACCACCUUCUUCGGCGGCCGCUCUCUUCAAAGGUGGCCGAGGAGGCGGACCAGGUCGCGCGAGCCGCCAGAGCUUUCCACGACGGCGGCAGCUUUGACGCGGCCGCCGACGCAAUCGCGGCCGAGGUGGUGCGAGCGCUCCUCGACGGCCCGCAGCCCGCCGCGGGGCGGGGCGCACGGUGCGAACUGCUCGCCGCUGGCUGCGGCGAUGGCCUCAUCCUCCGCCGCAUCGAGAGAGCGUUGCGGCAGAGAGGGAGCGAUUUGGGCGGCGGCGGCGGCGACGGCAGCAGCAGCUGCGGCGGCGACGGCGGCGGCGGCGGCGGCGACGGCGUGUGCAGCCCGGCGGUUGGAUUGUGGGGCGUGGACACCGCCAAGCGGGCGGUGCUGUCUGCCUUUGCGCCGGCGCGGAUGGGAGAGGCGUCGCUCACCGGUCCGCGCCAUCUGCGAGAGCUGCGUGCGCUGGCGGGCGCACCGGUCUACUCGGAGCCCAAGCAGGUCUCCGCCGGCCAGGGCGAAAAGUACACCCGCCUCGAGCUGCAGAGGAGGUACCGCGGAGACGCGCUCGAGGCGCUCUGCGGGAUGACGCCAUUCUGCCGCAAGGCGCCGCGCGAGCGCAAGGCCGCGCUGCGCCGCGCCGCCGCCGCCGACGCCGCCGCCGAUGCCGCCGGUGGCGGCGCCGGUGGCGGCGCCGAUGGCGGCGGCGGGCUGGACGUCACUUUGGACGUGAUCACAUCGACGCAUCGGGUGUGGCUGGGCACGGGGGGCUUUGCGGAGUGUCCGGAGGCGCUGUACUGA